AUUCACCGGCGUACACCGCAAGCAGCCCGGCUAGGCGGAGUUAACCACUCUAUUAAAACUAGCUCCCCAGUGAACUCCUUCGGAGUUGUUUACUUCGUUUGAACCUCUUCUGAACAAAAAAACAUCUUUUUAGCUGAACAGUCCUUUAAUCAUGGCACUGGCUGGGGUUAGAGUUAUUGAGCUGGCAGGCCUGGCACCCGCACCCUUCUGCGGCAUGAUCCUGGCAGACUUUGGUGCCAAGGUGAUCCGUGUGGACCGGACCAAAGUUCCUACGUCUUUGGACACACAAGCGCGGGGGAAACGAUCUGUGGCCAUCAACUUGAAGACCACGGAGGGUAUAGCUUUGCUCAGGAAGCUCUGCAUAAAGUCUGAUGUGGUCCUGGAGCCGUAUCGCAAAGGUGUUAUGGAGAAACUUGACCUUGGUCCACAUGAGCUAUUAAAGGAAAACCCUCGGCUGAUCUACGCUCGCUUGACUGGAUAUGGUCAGAGUGGAUCUUAUGCCACCGUAGCUGGGCAUGACAUCAACUACACUGCCAUGUCAGGCCUUUUAUCCCGGCUGGGUCGCAGCGGCGAGAAGCCUUACGCUCCACUGAAUCUGUUAGCAGACUUUGGAGGCGGUGGUCUUACGUGCGCUCUGGGGAUUGUCCUGGCGCUGCUGGAGAGGACAAAGUCAGGGAAAGGACAGAUCAUUGAUGCUAGCAUGGUGGAAGGAGCAGCAUAUAUGGGUUCGUUUUUAUGGAAAUCUCGUAGUAUUGGUUUGUGGAACCGGUCUAGAGGAGAAAAUAUGUUGGACAGUGGAGCUCCCUUCUACGAUACCUACCAGACUUCGGAUGGACAGUUCAUGGCUGUUGGUGCCAUUGAACCUCAGUUCUACAAACAGCUGCUUAAAGGCUUAGAGUUGGAUGCUGGAGAGUUGCCUUCUCAGAUGAGCUUUGAUGAUUGGCCAGAGCUCAGACGAAUCUUCACAGAGCGUUUUGCCUCAAAGAGCCAGGCGGAGUGGUCAGAGAUUUUUGAUGGGACUGAUGCUUGUGUUACACCUGUGUUGUCUUUUGACCAGGUGAGCUCACACCCACAUAACCGGGAAAGAGGUUCUUUCAUGAAGGACUCCAGUGGGGAAGAAAGCCCCCGACCAGCCCCGGUUCUGUCUCGCACUCCUGCUGAGCCUUGCCUCACCUCCGACCCCGUUACUGGAGAACACACGGCUGAGGUCCUACAGGAGUACGGCUUCACAUCCCCACAGAUAAACCAGAUGCUGUCAGCAGGAGUCAUAGAGUGCAAUGCUGUGAAGGCAAAGCUGUAAACAAACAAUCAAAACAGUCAAGUUAUAAAUGUUUGAAAAUCACACAGUGGCACCACCUUUUAAGAUUUGAAGGAAUCAGUAAUUAAACAUGUGAUUGACAUACUGGAAAUAAACAACUGGUUUGGAUAAAGUAAAGCUACAUGCAGAGCACAUUUGAGUGACUAACAGUAAGAUCUGCCAUUCAGAUUAUGUCUAACAUAACUGCGAACAAAUCAAAAGAGAAACUAAGAAAGUUAUUUUCUUUUCAUAAACUAGGAUUUCACAGGAGGCUGCUGUGUGCAAAGUAAACAAAGAUUUUUACUAAUUCACUUCUGCCUAUGUGUCUUGAUUGGACAAGACGUCCUCAGAAUAUGUGAGUGGAUUUUUUUUUUUGCAAAGCACACCUACUCUAUUAAUCAUAAACUACUGAUAUCUGCUAAAUUAUCCAGCUCAGGGUGAGCAAUGGUCAUACAUAGCAAAAGAGGAUUGGUUAUCUCCUGAAAGCUCAGCAGUACCAAUAACAUUAAAUUAAUCAAACUUUGUUGUUGUUUUGCUCUCCCACAACAGCUUUUGAUUUGUGUGCACUAAUUCUGACACACAGAUUGUUUAGAAAAAAUGGUUGUAGCCAGACAUGAUGUCACCCACUAAAAUCAUCUUUUCAAGACGUUGGCUUGGGGUUUCAAAGCUCACCCUGCGUUUUUUUAUUCUAAAGAAGGCCAUAAUUUACACGAUGAAUGUCAAGCUGUAUUAAAUGAGAUCAGAAACCA